CUCUCUCAGGAAGUUGCCAGCCGGACUGUUUUUCGCGACGAACCGUCGUUUCUUGUUCGCGUAUUAUGUAGGAGGCUUCUUUCUAUUGUGUUUAUUUGGGACUCUACACAGCGUAUUUGUUAAUGGAUACGGCUAAGAUUUCCAGCCUACAUUCUGACAUGGACUGGAGAACCUCUUAGAUAUUAGUCUGCUGCGCACAGAUGCAAAUAUGAAUAAAGGGUGGCUAGAGCUCGAGAGCGAUCCUGGACUGUUCACUCUGCUGGUGGAAGAUUUCGGUGUCAAGGGGGUACAGGUGGAGGAAAUCUAUGAUCUCCAAAGCAAGUGUCAGAGCCCAGUCUAUGGCUUCAUCUUCCUCUUUAAGUGGAUUGAGGAGCGUAGAUCCAGGAGGAAAGUUAAUACACUGGUGGAUGAAACGUCAGUCAUUGAUGAGGAAAUUGUAAAUGAUAUGUUUUUUGCUCAUCAGCUGAUACCGAACUCAUGCGCCACCCAUGCUUUGCUGAGUGUUCUUCUGAACUGCAGUGGAGUUGAGCUUGGCACCACCCUUAGUCGCAUGAAAGCUUUUACAAAAGGCUUUAGUCCAGAAAGCAAAGGUUAUGCAAUAGGAAAUGCCCCAGAGCUUGCCAGAGCACAUAACAGCCAUGCCAGACCGGAGCCUAGGCACUUGCCAGAAAAACAGAACGGGAUCAGUGCAGUGCGGACCAUGGAAGCCUUCCACUUUGUUAGCUAUGUACCCAUCAAAGACCGCCUCUUUGAGCUUGAUGGGCUCAAGGCUUAUCCCAUUGACCAUGGACCCUGGGGUGAGGAGGAGGAAUGGACUGAUAAGGCACGGCGUGUUAUUAUGGAGAGGAUUGGACUGGCCACUGCUGGCGAACCAUACCAUGAUAUCCGCUUUAACCUGAUGGCAGUGGUGCCUGACCGCAGAAUGAAGUACGAGUCCAAGCUGGAAAUAUUAAAACGAAAUCGACAGACUGUGCUGGAGGGUCUACAGAAGAUGAUCCGGCUCACCCAGCCCGAGCUUGUCCAUGACAAGAAGCAGCAAGGCUCUUCCUCUCCAGAUGAAAGCAGCGUCACAGUCAAGAAAGAAGCAGAUGCAGACCCAGUUACAUCCCAAGGAGGUGAACACGCAUCUUCAGGCGACUCAGGGGUUCAGUCCAAGGACACCACUAGCUCGUCAGGAAACACUAAGGUCAUGGGCAAACCACCAGUCCCCACCGGAGGAGGAUCCCAGCAAGUAACUAGUUCCAAUCCCAUUGUUCAACGUUUGCCCGCCUUUCUGGACAACCACAACUAUGCCAAGUCUCCAAUGCAGGAGGAGGAAGAUCUUGCGGCUGGUGUCGGACGCUCUCGGAUGCCAGGCCAUCCUCAACCCCCUUACUCGGAUGAUGAAGAUGACUACGAUGACGAGGAGGAAGAGAUGACUGGCUCUGCAGGAACAUCCAGCAGGUUUAGGCGGAAGGCAAGCCUACGCUCGAGGACGGGACGGGUUGCGACUGGAAUGGAGAGCCAGAUCGCCCUCAGUGUUUUGGCUGAGAAACUAAAAAAGGAGGCUCAAAGAAAAGAUGCCCUGAAUACACCUCUGUCUGUCCGCACUGAGGGUCGCACCGGGGGCAUUUGCAUCACAUCUGCUUCACAACCUUCCCCCACACCCAGCAAUGAGAGCACUGAUACAGCCUCUGAGAUUGGCAGCGCCUUUAACUCCCCCUUGCGCUCUCCGGCUCGCUCCCAGGCUGCCACUCGCCCAUCCAGUCCGGUCGCUUCCCAUCUGUCUCGCGUGCUGUUUGGAGAAGAUGAGAUGCUGAGGCUCGACUCCAGACAUAACCGUGCCGUACGGGAGCUCGGCCCCUCUGUCAGUGUAGCCCUGCUACAUCUACAGGAGGAUGGAACCAUCUAUGCUCUCCCUCCAUCUGCAGAUUUGGCUGCUGAUGGCACAAAGCGGCCCAGCACUCCUGAGAAGUUGAAAGACAAAGAGCAGGCAGACGGAAAGGAAGGCGUGAAAGGAGGAGAUGAGGGACCGUCUGCAGAGGUGAAGAAGGAAGAGGGGAGCACAGAUGGAGCUGAGCUGAAACCAGGCAAGGAAAAGCUCAACACCGUGGAAACUCCUGCAGACAGCAAACCUCCUGGGGAUAAGUAUUCACCCAAAGAGCUGCUUGCACUGCUCAAGUGUGUAGAGGCUGACAUUGCCAAUUAUGAGGUGCAUCUAAAGGAAGAGGUGGAAAAGAGGAAGAAAUACAAAAUCGAUGAUCAAAGGAGAACCCACAAUUAUGAUGAGUUUAUCUGCACCUUUAUAUCAAUGCUGGCCCAAGAAGGCAUGUUGGCUAGCCUUGUGGAGCAGAACAUAUCUGUGCGUCGUCGGCAGGGAGUGAGCAUUGGCCGCUUGCACAAACAGAGGAAGCCCGAUAGAAGGAAACGUUCCCGACCUUAUAAAGCCAAACGCCAGUAAACACGAACAAUCAUAACUUCUGAGAGCAACAAGCAAUCACCAUGGGAUUGGGGGCGGGGCUUCACUCCUGAAACAUUCUCCUGAAGGCAGGUUAUUGCUGCGUUGCAUUCAUUUCUUUUGUCAUAUUUGUAUAUGCUAUUUUAGACUUAAUGUAACAUUUUGCACCUGUGCCAUUGCUAUAUGCAGCCUCUGGAAAAAAGGGCAUGUCCCAAGUGAAGCUGGAUGCUUUUUUUUUAUUCUCUACAGUUUUGUGUGGUCAGUACAAUAAAUGUUUUUUUUUUUUCUGUAUUUCUAUAAAAUUCUAUAUAUCACUAAACUUUUGUAACAACAAGUCAGCAUUUCCUCAGUUGUAUCCCUCUUUGACGUUUUCACAGUGCCAAUGAAGUAUUUAAAGUAUUGAAUGUUUGUUUUAGUCAUUCUCAGCACUUCAGCAUAUCCAGUGUAGCAACUUCACUAUAUAACAUAAAAAAUAGACUUGUAAUCAAUGUAAUAUAUAUGGACAGUUAAGACCCCAACGACACAGUCACUCACAGACUGAUUCAUCACGUUUUUCUCUUCACUGGAAUGUCUUUUUCAAUCAAAGGUCUCUGGAUAUAUAUGUACAGUUUGUCUCCUGAGGUCCUGCAAAUAAUAAAAAUAAAUAAAUCAAAAAAAGGAAA